AUGAAAAAGAUUGGUGAAACUUGGUGUAACCGUGUUGGUGGUGGUUCCUUGUUUUGUGUUGGUAGUGAUGUUCAUCAUUAUGUAGCAGCAGAUAUAACUCUAUGUGAUAAAACAUUAUCAUAUAGUAUUACCCAAAAUAAUACUUGUACAAUAACACCAACUUUAACAAUCAACAAUUUCUUUGAUUUAUCUGUAUUCUAUUUCGAGUCACCUAAUAGUAAUAAUAAUAAUGUACAUUAUAGAUAUGUUAAUAAUCAAUUAAUAGCAAAUAUUGAUAGUGGAGUUAAUUAUAUGUUCAAGUAUAGAAUAAAGGGAUGUGAUGAUCAAGUCAAUCAAACUCUGUGGUUACGUGUCGACUCUAUAUCGCUUCAAGUGACACAACCCAAUUGCAUCCAUUCCUUUGGCUACGUUGAUAUCAUCAAUUCAAAUGCUACUGCAUUCUACAUUGACUCUAUACUCCAACAACCCAAUCAACGACCAUUCCGUGCUUUACCAGGUCUACAUACCUUCUAUGCUGUCAAUCCUGCUACUUCAUCAAGUUGUACAAUGGAAUUUUUAAUUGAAGAAUCAACUGUGAUUGGAUUACCAUAUAAUAUUAAAGUAAAUCCUGAACAUUGUGGUCAGAGGGAUGGAGAGAUUAUUACAUGUGCAAGCGUGUCCUGUGGCAAUGGCAGAGGUGACGUUGACCUGCGUACCAACGCCGUUCCAAACACCGUGUUUACAGCGGUCAACGGAGUAUUCCGCGACGUUCCACUCGUCUCUUACACACUCUACUACUCGAUCGACAACUGUCCCCUCCAAACACUCGAGUUUGACAAUGCCGAGUACAACAAAGCAAGCAUCACCGACUACACCCUCACGCACUCGAUUAGUCGUAUGCCGCAAUGCUCCACCGGCGAGGGUGAGAUGACACUCUUCCUCAACGUGCCCCAAUCCAACAUCACCUACUCGCUCUCACUCGACUAUCUUGGCGGUCAGCAAAUCAGCCUGUUUGUCCCACCAAACGGCCUUCCCAACUGCACCGUCCCCGUCAACUUUAUCGCACCCACCGACUAUAAACUACGUGCCCCCUAUCUCCUCGUAGUAGAGUCACAACCAACUUGCAAAUACUCCAAAGACGGACAACUCUACAUUGAAGCAAAGGAAACCAUCUCCAAAGUUCAAGUUGGCAGUACCGAGUUUACCGCCGGUCAAUCCCCUGAUCUAGGUGGCCAAACCUACUCCCAAAUUCAAUCUGGUCCAACUCCCAUCUCAAUAUUCUACAAGUAUUGUCCAGUUGCAUUCUCAACCAUUUUAAAUAUUACUUUUAAUCCUUCAAAUUCAUUUGAAAUUAAUAUUAGUAUUACAAAUGUAACAAAUUGUAAUUCGGGAGGUGGAAUUGUUAAAGUUUUAAAUGCAGCAUCUUAUAGUCAAUUAAAUUUAAAUGGACAGACACCCAAUGCAAAUGGAGAGUUUUUAGGGUUGUCAUCUGGUGAUUAUAUAUUAACAUUUACAUCGAGUGGUUGUUCUGGAACAAAGAUAGUGUCGGUUGGAGGACCUUUAACACCACCAAUACAAUCCAUCUCUAUUUAUAGACCACCAAUGUGCUAUGGCAAUGGUGGUGCAUACGUAUUAUUCAAUACUAGUGCUGUUCAAUAUACAUUGAGUGCAUUGGAAGGUCAGUAUGGCAGUGGUACGAUUAAUAGUACGACGGGUGCAGUUUAUUUCAACUAUCUUCAACCUGGAUUGAAUAAUCUAGAGAUUAGUGCUGGUAAUUGUAAUUGGCCAUUGACUAUAGACUCACCUUCAGACCCACGUAUUACAACUGGGUCUGGUAAAUUGUUUACUGUUACCAAUGAGCCUCCAAUGUGUUCAUUCUCACCUGGCAAGAUUACUAUCGAGCCGUUGUACAGUGAUGUGGUUAUUACAGACAUCCAAACCAAUUCAUCGACUCUGUUUAGUAGAGUGGGGAAUACACUGCUCUACAGUAAUGCUGCACCGGUUGCUAUCACGGUCAAGUAUAGUGGGUGUACUGAAACCAUCGUGUUCCAGCCACUUGGCGCUGUUCAACCUCCCGAACCAGCAUACAACGUUUCAUUGUCCCCUUGCAGCACCGAGUACAACGUCACGAUUAAAUUCUCCAACCAUACACUUUACGAUAUGAUCGCGACGACUGCCACCAACGUCCCCGUGCAGAUCAACACGACCACAGGUGUCAUUGACGGUAUCGUACCCGGCACAGCACUCACUAUCCAGUAUUCGAUGAAAUCAACACGUUGCUCGGGUGUGCUUGUCAUCGAUGCACCCGUCACAAGUUAUUAUCCCAUGCCUGCGAUCAAUACCGACGGCAAUCCACUCGUCAGCAAAGUGGUACGCGAAACUUGUUUUGGAAGUUUGGACGGAUCACUCACGGUCACUCCAUUCAACGACUCGUCUUCCAACUUUUACCUAUUGUAUGAUCAACAACGCAAUCCAGUCUCUCCAUCAAGUGUGGUGGGUAGCGCCAUUACAUUUAGUCAAUUGACCAGCCAAACAUACCGCCUUGUUCGUGGAGAUGCUUCACAUCCAUUUUGUGCAUCCGAACUCAGAGUUGAUAUGACCAGUACUGAACCAACCCUAAACGUAGCAUCAACCAUAUCAUGUGGAUUAUCAAAUGGAACAAUCAACUCUCAACUUUUAAUUCUCAAUGUGACUGGUGAAUUGGCCAAUUUUAACAAUGUCGCUUUUCAACUUGACCCAAUCACCAAUACGUCGUCUCUGACUGGAUCAUCUGCCAACUCUGCCAUCUUUUCAAAUAUUCAAGGUGGUAUUCAUAUUGUGACGGCUGAUAUUGCCGAUCCUAUAUGUCCACGUCAUUUAGUGUCGACUGUGAGUGUAGGUCAAGUCGAGGUGGUAGCAGGUGCCAAUUCAACAACUUGUUCAACCAUUCAAGUAACACCAUCGAUUGCCAAUGCACUCAAUGUCCAACAACAAGACAAAUACAAUUUCAAGUUGUACAAGGAUGGACAAGAGUUGUCUGUCAUUUCCAAGUUACCAACUGUCACCUUUUUCAAUUUGGACAGUGGUGAGUUUACAGUGGUUGUAGAACACUUUGAAUCUGGGUGUUCAGUCUCCCAACAAGUAUCAGUCGAAUCAUGUCCAUCCGAUGAAUCAAGUCGUAGUAAAGUUGGUAUGAUUACAGGUGCCACAUUGGGUUCAAUCAUUGGUGCCGCCUUCCUUGGUCUAGGCGGAUACCUUGCUAAAAAGAAAUGA